AUGUAUAGAAGCGCUGCUGCUCGUUCGCUCUUCCGGGCGGCCGCCAGCUCCAAUGCCUCCGUGGCUCGUUCGACUCUCCCCAGAAGCGUCUUCAAGGCUCAAUUGACCUCGUCGGCCCGCCAGUCCGUCCGUCUGACGUCGCCAAGCCUUGCGCUCGCUGCCCGCAAGCCCGUCACCACUGCUCUCGUCCGAUAUGCGACGACCAGCACCAAUGCUGAGCGGGACGAGCCGGUUGCCGAAGAAGACACUGAUGUGAUGGCCGGUAUGAAGGCUGAGGCGAAAGUUAUCAAGGACACCUUCAGCCUGCACGACGUCCCCAAGGAGGCUCUGUACCUCGGAAUGGCCGGUGUCGUUCCCUACCUGGUCACCUCCAUUGACACUGCCUACCUCGCCUGGGAGAUCAACAACGCCGCUGAGACUGGCGAUGGUGUGUUCAUCUCCGGUCAGACUGCUGAGCUCAUGCUGCACAUGCUCGAGCCCAUCCAGGUUGGCUACGGUGCAGUGAUCCUUUCCUUCCUCGGCGCUAUCCACUGGGGUCUCGAAUGGGCCGGGUACGGCGGUAAGCAGGGCUACAGGCGCUAUGCGGCUGGAGUUGUCGCUCCCGCUGUCGCGUGGCCGACCCUCCUCCUCCCCGUCGACUAUGCCCUGAUCACCCAGUUCCUGGCGUUCAACUUCCUGUACUACAACGAUGCCCGCGCUGCUGCUCGCGGAGCGGCCCCUCACUGGUAUGGCAUGUACCGCUUCGUGCUGACCUUCGUCGUCGGAGCCAGCAUUGUCCUCAGUCUGAUUGGCCGUGAGCGCAUCUCCCAGACCCUCACCUCUGAGCACUCGAUCAAGGACAAGAUCAAUGCUCUGCUGUACCUGCAGCAGAAGGAGAAGGAGGAGAAGGAGGCCCGUCUGCGGGAGGAGGCCGGAGCUGAGAAGGACGAGGAGUAA